AUGGCGCCCCAUCCUGAGAAUACUGCGGUGUUUUGGAAUGCCCGCUCCCUUUUUAAGAAGACGCAAUUUCUACGCAAUUUUAUCGCCAGCGCACCACCGUUGAUCGUGGGACUCUGUGAGACUUGGCUUACUGACGAUCUUUCCUUCACAGUGCCGGGGUAUUCGGUCUAUAGACAAGAUCGGCCAGUACGGGGUAGAGGGGGACUUGCUCUCUUGGUCAGGUACUCAGUUCCCAGCUCCUUGCUCCGAAUUCACUCCUUCCCGGGUGGGCAUUUAGAAUUCAUGGCAGUGAAGGUGGCCCUCUCCCAUGGGUGGGGCACCUUUGGAGUUCUGUAUAAUCCCUGUCUACCGGUAAUGAAGAAGGAACUAGAACACUAUUUUGGUCAGAUCACAGACACCUGCCUCGUCAUGGGUGACUUUAACGCUCGGCACUCAUCAUGGCAAUCUAUGCUAUCAGAUCGCCACCACAACAUGGCUGGCCGAGCCCUACUUCAGUUUCUCCUUGACUCCUUGACGCCGCCAGAUUUGGGAACUCUGACAGACCCGCUAAAUGGACAUACUUCAACGCUCGAUCUUUGCAUUGGAAGAGGCCCCUUCAUGAUGGCGCAGAUAUGGACCUGGCCGUACCUGGGUAGUGAUCACCUGCCCAUCAUCAUUUCCUUCGGGGGUACUGUUCGUCCUGCUCUGACCUCCCGAAGAUCCAAAUGGAUCUUCUCGGAAGAGGGGUGGCAUGGCUAUGAGGCGGAUGACUGGUCGACCCUUCCCGCAGUAACUGUAGAUCUGCAUGGGUCAGCGGAUGCUCUCUCCGAGUCCCUUUUCAGUGUAGGCUCUCGGCAUUUCAGGAGGACUAGUGGCCAGACAACCAAUCCUUCCCACCAUGGGGCACUGUGGUGGAAUCCUGAAUGUCGGCAGGCAGUACUGGACCGGGGACGUACGUGGAAUUCGUGGCGGCGCCACCCUACUCCACUGCAGCGGCAGACCUUCUGCAGGGCGGACGCCAGGUGUAGACGAACAGUCCUCCUUGCCAAACGCAAGGCCUGGGCUGAUUACUGUGCCUCUCUCUGA